UGCCAUAUUUUUCUCAAAAAACCCAUAUAACCAGACAUGACACCCCCAAAAUCUCAUAUAUAUAUAUAUAUAUUUUUUUUUUUUCACUCUUUCAAUUUCCCCCUGAUUUUUAAUGGAGUUUUUCCGAUGGAAUCCACAGGAUACACUAACCGUAAAGGCACCAAAGAGAUCUCCACUUGCACUGAGAAUGGUGGUUUUACUUUUUGCUCUGGCUUGUGGAGUUUACAUUUGCUUGAUUUGCUUGAGACAAACAAGGCUCAACAACAAAAUCAGAUUCCUGAAUGUCAGAGUGAUAGAACAGCUUUGCCCUGCUUCUGGAAUGAAAAAUUUGGAAAUUCCCAAUGUGCAUUUCCCCAAGCCUAAGACAUAUAGCAGAGAAGAAUGUGCGUGUAAUCCAGUACGGUUUUUCGCGAUCUUGUCGAUGCAGAGAUCUGGGAGUGGAUGGUUCGAGACAUUGUUGAAUAGUCAUAUGAAUGUGAGCUCAAAUGGGGAAAUCCUUGGAGCGAAAGAGAGGAGGAGUAAUGUUUCGACGAUCAUAGACGUGCUGGAUAAAGUAUAUAAUCUUGACUUUUUCACUAGUGCGUCAAAGAAUGAGUGCUCGGCAGCCGUAGGGUUCAAAUGGAUGCUUAAUCAGGGAUUGAUGCAACACCACAAAGAGAUAGUACAGUACUUUAACAAUAGAGGCGUCUCUGCAAUAUUUCUCUUCCGAAGGAAUCAGCUACGUAGAAUGAUUUCUUUGCUUGCUAAUUCCUAUGAUAGUCAGGCUAAGCUAUUGAAUGGAACACACAAGUCUCAUGUUCAUUCGUUGCGUGAGGCUCAAAUACUUGCAAAUUAUAAGCCGAAAGUGAAUGCCACAUUACUCAUUCACAAUCUGAAGGAAGCAGAGAAAACAAUAGCCAAGGCUUUGGAAUACUUUAAGAGCACUCGCCAAAUCAUUCUUUACUAUGAGGACAUAGUGAGCAACCGAACCAAACUUGUUGAUGUUCAAGAGUUUCUGAGGCUGCCAUAUAGAGAACUCACAAGCAGUCAAGUUAAGAUACACAGUGGCCCCUUAUCGAAGCAAAUUGAGAACUGGGGUGAUAUCCAAAAAGCAAUCAAGGGAACGUCGUAUGAGAGCUUCCUCAAUCAAGAUUACCAAUUGUAGUUUUGACAGCACCUGGCAUUUCCGUAAAUAAAAGAACUACAUUCGAAUUUCGCUGCAUGAAGUGCAGCUCUCACAAUUUUGAUACCCAGCGAAGGAUGUCAUACUGCCACUAUUUUCAGGCUUUUUUUUUUUCUUUUCUCCCUCUUCUUAUUCUCAUAUAUAUAUAUAUACCAUUCUUUCACAAGCUGCCCUUGGCUUCUUCCUGUACAUUUCUGCUAAAAUUUACAAUUUCUUGAUGUCUAUCGAUCUGCCCAGAAUGUGUUAUAAUCAAGAAAUGAAGAGAGUUGUUGGAAGAUGGCCAAUUUCCUCACGGAAAACAAAUCUAGAUGAAAGUGUUAGUGAAAAGUAUAUAAAAACUAAGAUUAAACCUGCACAGGAAACCGUGCUAGGAUUCUGUAAAGAUCCAAAUUAUCCAAUGAAGCUAGAAAGCAUCUUCACAUCUUUCAGUUGUCUACUGCAAAACUGCAUAGCUGAUAGCCUGAUAUAUCCUUCAGGGCCCCUUUCUAUGAAGAGACUAAC